AUGGCCAUCAAGGUUAUUAUUCUCGCUGCUUUAAUCGCUGUUUCAUCGGCUGGAAUCCUUCCAGCUCCAUACCAUGCUCCAUAUGCCGCCCCAGUUUAUUCCGCCCCUAUUACUAAAGUAGCAGCCCCGGUUUAUGCCAAAUCUGUUGUAGCUCCAGAACCAUACGAUCCCCAUCCACAAUACAACUUCAACUACGAUAUCCACGACCAACACACCGGGGACGUUAAAAGCCAACAAGAAGUUCGCGAUGGAGAUGUAGUUAAAGGAGCUUAUUCUUUUAUCGAAUCUGAUGGAGCAAGACGUGUUGUUGAAUACACUUCCGAUCCAGAACACGGAUUCAACGCUGUAGUUCACAGAGAAGAAGGUGCCGCUCAUCCAACUGGCCCUGCUGCCGCUCCAGCUUAUGCUAAAGUAGCCGCUCCAGUUUAUGCUAAAGUUGCUGCUCCAGUUUAUGCUGCACCCGUUGCUAAAGUAGCUGCUUAUCCUAGUUAUCCGUCAAAUGGAUAUUAUCACUAA